AUGGUUGUUACAUCGUUUGACUACCAAAAACAAUCAUGUGAACGUCAGGGAACUGACGUCAUUGUCCAAUUAUUUGAAUGGAAAUGGAGUGAUAUCGCCGGAGAAUGUGAAAGUUUUCUUGGUCCCAAUAACUUCUGUGCUGUACAGGUGUCGCCUCCAAAUGAGAACCGAAUUAUAUCAAACAUUACACAUAUUAGACCGUGGAUUGAACGAUAUGAACCAGUCUCUUACAAGAUACAGACUAGAAGUGGCAAUCGGAGCGAAUUCCAAAACAUGAUCAAAAAAUGUCAUGACGCCAAUAUUCACGUGUAUGCAGACAUAGUCAUUAAUCACAUGACUGACGUGAAUCACCAUGGAUACGGUACUGGAGGUUCCGUGUAUCACGGAGAACAACGAACUUACCCGAGUGUUCCAUUUAGCGGAUGGGAUUUUCAUGACAAAGUUGACUGUCAUACAAAAGAUCUAAGCAUACAAAAUUAUUCAAUUGCUGAGGAAGUAAGAAAUUGUCAACUGCAAGGCAAAGCCGACAUAAAUCAUAAAAAGGGUUAUGUUCAAGAUUAUAUUGUAGAUUACUUGAAUACAUUGUUAGAUCUAGGAGUAUCUGGAUUUCGAAUUGCUGACGCCAAGUAUAUGUGGCCAUUGGAGCUUAAGUCAAUUUUUUUGAGACUGAAAAAUGUAACUUCGUUUACGGGUGGUCAUCACCGUCCAUUCAUCUAUCACGAAUUUAACGAAAUAACAGGGGAAUCUAUAGAUAUGUCAGAAUAUUUCUCUCUUGGAAGAGUGGAGUAUGGAAAGUAUGGAAAGGAUUUAACAUCUGUAAUAAGGAAUCGGGAGUUGAAAUCUACUUACACAGACUGGGGGACUACGCGUGGCAUGCCCUCCCCCAGCAAUUUAGUGACGUUUAUUGAUGACCAGACUAUACAAAGGGAUAUUUCAAACCCUGUAUAUACACACAGAGAUCGGAGAAUGUAUGAAGCUGUUAAUGCCUUUAUGCUAGCUUUUCCGUAUGGCAUUCCAAGAGUUUUCAGUGGAUAUUCUUAUUCAGGUGUAAUGGACGGUCCUCCUCACCAUGGGGAUAUGUCAACUAUCGAUGUCAAGAUAGACUCCAAUGGAAAUUGUAUACUAGGUGGAUGGAAAUCUAAUUAUAAUCAGCCUCCAGGGUGGACUAAGUAA